AUGUGGAACAAUCAAUCAAGAGCAUGGAUGUACAAUCGGAUCGAUUUAUUCACUAAUCAUAUCUCAUUGGAUUAUUCGGCGGGUGUGGAAGAGUUCAUUGCUUUUGCUAGUAGCCAUGCACAAAAUAGCAGAGGUAGGUUUUACUGCCCUUGUGUAGUAUGUGGGAAUUCGAAGUCGUUGAAAGCUGUUUCAGUUUCUAGUCAUUUGCUAAGUAGAGGAUUUACGCCUAACUAUUAUGUAUGGUAUGAACAUGGUGAAGAUUAUGAUGUUGUUGGGGAAGGAACUAGUAGUCAUUAUGCUAAUAAUACAGAUUAUGCUAGUGCUAGUGAACCUAUAGGAUUUGAUGGGGAAAAUGUAUAUGCUGGGGAGAAUGUAUAUGCUGGGGAGAAUGUAUAUGCUGGGAUGGUGAAUAAUGCAUUUCAUGGUUCUGUACCAUAUAACGAGUAUCAUGAACAUGAAAGAAGAAAUGAUCAUGUUCAUGAACAACCCACCCAAGAAGCAAAACGGUUUUAUGAUAUGCUAGCUGCUGCAAAUACUCCACUGUAUGAUGGAUGUCGGGAAGGGCAGUCGCAGUUAUCAUUGGCAGCUCGGUUCAUGAACAAUAAGGUCGACUACAUUUUGUCUGAAAAUUGUAUGGAUUCAUGGACAGGACUGUUUUCAGAGUAUUUACCAGAGGAUAGUUGUAUGCUCUUUUGGAAAGAUGAUGAGAAGUUGGAGCAUUGCAAGUUCUGUGGCAAACCAAGGUAUAAGGCUAGUGAAGGAAGAACAAGAAUACCGUUCAGUAAGAUGUGGUAUUUACCCAUUGCGGAAAGGCUGAAGAGAAUGUACCAAUCUGAGAAGACUGCAGCUUUUAUGAGAUGGCACGCUGAGCACAGCUCUGAGGAGGGAUUAAUGUGUUAUCCUUCAGAUGCGGCUGAGUGGAAGAAUUUUCAGCAAUUGCAUCCCUCAUUUGCAGCAGAACCGCACAAUGUUUAUCUUGGAUUAUGUACAGAUGGUUUCAAUCCUUUUGGGAUGUCGAAACACCAUUCGUUAUGGCCAGUGAUAUUGACUCCAUACAACUUGCCUCCUGGGAUGUGCAUGAACACGGAGUAUUUGUUUCUGACGAUUUUGAAUUCAGGACCGAAUCAUCCACGAGCUAGUCUUGAUGUUUUUCUCAAACCAUUGGUCGAUGAGUUAACAGAGUUAUGGUAUAGUGGAGUGGAGGCAUAUGAUUUGUCCUUAGAUCAAAAUUGCAACCUUAAAGCUGUCCUUUUGUGGACUAUCAGCGAUUUCCCAGCAUAUGGCAUGUUGUCAGGAUGGACAACACACAGAAGAUUAGCUUGCCCAAUUUGUAUGGACGAUACAAAUGCAUUUCAAUUGCCAGCUGGUAGGAAGACAUGUUGGUUUGAUUGCCACAUGAGAUUUCUUCCUACUAAUCAUCCAAUGCGAAAAGAUAAAAAACACUUUCUCAAAGGUAAACACACAGUGAACGACUAUCCACCGCAAUAUUUGACGGGUGAACAGGUCUUACAUGAGCGUAUAAGAAAUGCCAAGCCAAAGACUUUUGACUGCGGAGGUAAUGGGCAUGAAAAUAAAGUGGAUGGUUAUGGAAGUUGGCAUAAUUGGCACAAAGAAAGCAUCUUGUGGAAGCUCCCGUAUUGGACCGAUCUUAACUUACGACACAAUCUUGAUUUGAUGCAUAUUGAGAAAAAUAUUCUCGAUAAUCUCAUGUACAUUGUUAUGAAUGUGAAAGACAGAUCAAAAGAAAAUGUGAGGUCCCGCUUGGAUAUUGCAAGAUUUUGUGAUCAAAGUCAAUUACAUGUUGAUGCAAAGGGGAGAACUCCUUUUCCUAUUUGGAGAUUGAGUGCGAAAGGGAAAAAAAGCCUACUUCAAUGGGUCAAAGAAGAUGUUAAAUUUUUAGAUGGGUAUGUAGCUGAUUUAGCUAGUUGUGCAGACAUCAAGGAUGGGAAGUUUUCACGAAUGAAAAGUCAUGAUUGCCAUGUCUUUAUGGAACGAUUGCUUCCAUUUGUAUUUGCAGAGUUGUUACCAUGUGACGUCCAUCUUGCAAUAUCAGGGAUCGGAUCAUUUUUCCGUGACAUAAGUAGUCGAUCAUUGGAGCUAAGUCAUGUCCAAUUGUUGAAAGCGAAUAUUGUGAUGAUUUUGUGCAAUUUAGAGAAAAUAUGUCCACCUUCGUUCUUUGAGGUCAUGGAGCACCUCCCAGUACAGCUACCAUAUGAAGCCAAACUUGGUGGUCCAGUUUAA